AACUAGCUAGCUAGCUAUCUCAUAGUACCUGCGUCUGGGGGGAACGGAUUGGAUUUUGAGAGGCUGUGCAUUUGUUAGAUGGAAAGUUCUAUCAUCACUCAAGUGCAGAGAGAAGACAGUCAACUGCCGUCCAAAACAGGUCAGGUGAACAAAUCUUCCCCCCAGAAGCCUCGGAGCCGGACGAUCUUCAAAGCGCUUUUCUGCUGCCUCCGAGCACAGGAUGCCCCUCAGACUCCGCCCCCUGCCCAGGAUACUCUGCUGCAGCCUGAGGACAAUGGGACGGUUGCCAAGUCUGAUCUCCUUCAAACUCUUCGCUACCAGUUUCAUCAAAUCCCCGGAACCUGCCUGCUGCCCGAGGUGACGCCCCAGGACCAGGGCAAGAUCUGCGUGGUGAUCGAUCUGGACGAGACGCUGGUGCACAGCUCCUUCAAGCCUAUCAGUAACGCGGACUUCAUUGUUCCCGUGGAGAUUGAGGGCACAACGCACCAGGUGUACGUUCUGAAGAGGCCGCACGUGGACGAGUUCCUCCGGCGGAUGGGGGAGAUGUUCGAGUGCAUCCUCUUCACCGCCAGCCUCGCCAAGUAUGCGGACCCGGUGACGGACCUGCUGGACCGCUGCGGCGUGUUCCGGGCGCGGCUCUUCCGCGAGUCCUGCGUCUUCCACCAGGGCUGCUACGUCAAGGACCUGAGCCGGCUGGGCCGCGAGCUCCACAAGACGCUCAUCCUGGACAACUCGCCCGCCUCCUACAUCUUCCACCCGGAGAACGCUGUGCCUGUGGUGUCCUGGUUCGAUGACCUGGAGGACACCGAGCUGCUCACCCUCCUGCCGGUCUUCGAGGAGCUGAGUCAGGCGGAGAACGUCUAUGCCAAACUACAGCAGCUGCGAACCCCCUGACCUCCGACCCUACCCCCUCCCCCCCCUCUCUUCCACACAGCCAGACCAGACCCAACACCAUAAAACCAAACUCUGCCGAAACACAAAGACCGUGUUUCACCCACCCCCCCCACCCGCCCACCCCCCCCUUGACUUUGUAGUCUCUCUCCUCAGUCAAGUCUGUGCCACCAGCCCCCCUGGUCUGGAAAUACUGUUGAGUCGGAUUUUGGACCAAUGCUGAACAGGCUGCAGUCUGGAGUCUUCUCCACGAAAAUGCCGCAAAUUGAGUAUUUUUUUUCCUGCAUUUUACUGCUUUCAAACUUGCACAGGACUUCACAAAGGAUGAUCUCCUCCAAAACCAAGACUGCCUACAGCUCUCUUGCCAAUGGGACUCCCACACAUUACUGUAUUGUGACUGACCUUAGCACAGGCGUUACCGCAGGUCUUUGCAAGGCGUCAUAGAAGAGGUGCAACCCAAAGUACCGUUCGUUUCUUUAAAGUGGAUGCCUUUGAAACAAAAUGGCUGUUUUCAGAAAGGUACUUACUUUUGCAGGUUCGCCUUAACGUCAUCUCAAGGAAGCUUCAUAUUAAAGCAAAACCCAGGGGUCUUUCUUCCCAAUCAAAAACCAGCAUGACCUGACACAUGAAUCGGGGGUCCUUCUCACCCCUUGCUGUCCAUCACUGUGCCUUUUGAUAAAUAAUUAAAAACCAGUAAACUGAAAGCUUUUUGUUCCUUUGAAACGUAAUGGUUGUUCUUUUUCAGUAGUUGGGUUUUAUAUUACAUUUUUAAAUGUCUUUUUAAUGUUCAGUAUGUUAACUGAGAACUCGCUGUAUAAAUGUUUUGAUAAGCAGUAUGAGGAAAAACAGCCAUACAGAAAGCCUCUGUACCGGAACCUUCCGCACAAGUCAGGGUAUUUACCAUCAGCAGUCGCGUGACACCAUGGCAAUCAAAGGGUUAAAAACGCAGUAUUAUGGCAGACAUUUGCCUGACUUAGCCUGGCUCACUCUAUGCAAUCCAGUCAUCCAUUUUGUUUUUGUGGUCUUUCUUUCCCUCAGUGUCCUGUGGAAUGUCUUCUUUUUUUUUUUCUUUUUUUUUGCCUUUUAAGGGCGUAGUAAAUCGAACGAGCCCGAUUCUGAAAGCGCCUCUUCCCAGAGCAACACAUGGACCGUGUUUACCGUGCCCUGGUUCACCUUGUUCAUUGUCAUUAUUAGCUUGUUUGGAGACAGGGUUAUUUGGUAGCCCCAUUCCUGCUGUUCUGUUUCAUUACAUGAACUCAACUGAUCGAUUGUGUUUGGUUGCUGUAAUACAUAAAUACAUUUUUAAACCCCUCUUGUGAAAUUUGUUUCCACUUGUGUUGUUAAGCCAGAGAACCACGCGAUGCCAGGGUUCCAGUCUUUAAUGAUGUUUAAACUUUGGGAGGCGCACGUUUUUAAGUUCUACGGCGGUUCGUGUGCUACGACAAAAGUGUCUUUGUCCCGGAGAUUUUCUAAAGACUUUAGAAAAAGUGUUUAAUUAAAUGCACUUAUAUGCAGUGACAUGUAAUACAUUUUCAUUUAUUGGGGGACAAGACUUUAGCCAAAAACUGUCUCCUUGAUUUAUGGGGCCUAUCAAAGUAGAAAAAUACCCUCUCCAUAACAGCCAUCAGCUACAAAAGGGUAAAGUUCUUUUUUGGUUUUGUUAUUUUGUUGCUUGUUUGCCAAGUGAGAAGCACCUAUAUAUUUCAAACAUGCCAAUAAAGUGCCUGAGGUAGUUUUUUUUUUUUUGUUUUUUUUUUUUAACUGAAACUAUUGACUGAGUGCAAAGGGGCCUCCAUUUAGAAAAAAAAGAAACAUUUCAGACUGUACCUGCCAUUUUCUUUUGAUGUAAGAAAAUGAAAUUAUGGUGUCUACAAAGUUUACUUUUCUUACCUUUCCAGCGUUUUCCUUUUUUUUUUUUCUUCUUUUUUUUUUUGCGACGCCGGUUUCGGGCCGCAGUUGAAGUCUCUGCCGACGGUGGCCCCCGGUCACUACUUACAGACAUUUGCAGCCAGACUGACGCCAUGCUCUUUGUCACCUUGAUUUGGAGGGGUUCCAAUUGAUUUUGUACUCACCUGUUACUGUCAAUCAUUUUGAUCUGUCACUCAUCAAAGAAAAAAAAAAAAAAGCAUUUUUAUCUUGUUUCUUCUUGGUAGCGGGACACGGUGGAGGGUAUUUGCUGUGUAAUCAUUCAAGUUGUGAAAACAGACCAGCGUUUGCCAAAGCUGCUCAGCAUCGUCACUGGGGGACCAAGUGAUUCAAACUGCAACAAAAUUAAAGCCCUUUCUGCCUCUUA